AUGCCCACCCUUGCUGUUGCACGUGAUUACUUAUUUGAUCUUGUUGGGAAGAAAUACACUGAGGAACAAUUUGAGGAUAUAUGUUUUCAGUUUGGUGUGGAACUUGAUGAUGUCACCAGCGAGCGUGAGAUGUAUCGCCGCGAACAGGGUGCUGCCGUGCAGUCUAAACUGGAGGAACUCUCUGAUGAGGUGAUUUACAAAAUUGAUACACCUGCCAAUCGAUAUGAUCUACUUUGUACAGAAGGAAUGGCAGCAGCUCUUAAGGUGUUUCUUGGUAUGAUGCCACCACCACAAUAUAAAGUUCUUAACCGCAGUAAUCCACUCUACAAGAUGACUGUAGAUAAGUCUGUGCGAAAUAUUCGUGAUUAUGUGGUAUGUGCUGUAUUAAAGAAUAUUCGUUUUAACGAUCGAAGCUACAGAAGUUUUAUUGAUUUUCAAGAAAAAUUACAUUCAGGACUUGCACGUCGUCGUACAUUGGCUUCUGUUGGAACUCAUGAUUUGGAUAAAAUUGGUUCUAAUGAGUUACUUUACACACUUCGUUCAAAGGAAAUGAUUCGCUUUACUCCUCUUAAUCAAGGCAACCGUAUUCUAGACUGUAGUGGAGAAGGCCUUACUGAAUUUUACAAGGAAGAUCGUCACAUUUCAAAGUUUAUUCCCCUUAUUUCUCACCUUGACAAAUACCCUGUGGUGAUGGAACCCAAGACACAAAAGAUACUCUCUUUACCUCCUAUCAUUAACUCAGAUGCUUCUUGUAUUAGUCAAGAGACAAGGAACAUUUUUGUUGAAUGUACAGCUCCUGAUCAUUAUAGGGCAAAUGUAUUGGUGAAUCAAAUGGUUUGUGCUUUUUCUGCAUAUUGUGAAGAACCUUUCACAGUUGAAGCUGUACAGGUGGAUUAUGAAGAAGUAACACCAGAUGGUACAAAGACAGAAGUAACACCAAACUUAGACUCAAAUCUUGUGUCUAUGAAAAUUUCAAAAGCUGAAAGACUUAUUGGUAUUAAACUUGAUUCUAAAGAUCAAUGCAGUCAAUUACUUGAACGAAUGCUACACCGUGUUGCCAAGGUGGAGGAUGAUGUUAUUACGGUUGAAGUUCCUCCAACAAGAUCUGAUGUUCUUGGUCCUACAGAUCUUAUGGAGGAUGUUGCUGUGGCAUAUGGAUAUGAUAACAUCAAGUACGUUGAAUGUACCACACAUGGGGAUGUGACUCAACAACCCAUCAGUAAGCUUUCUCACCUUCUUCGUAUUGAGAUGGCUAACGCUGGUUAUACAGAAUUAUUAACAUUUUCUUUGUGUUCUCGAGAUGAGGCUUUUGCACGAUUGAAUCGUGAGGAUAAUGAUACAGCUGUUCAUAUUGCCAAUCCCCAGACAAUGGAGUUUCAAAUUUGCCGUCCUUCAUUAAUGCCAGGUAUACUCAAGACACUCAAUGCCAACAAAUCACAUGCACUUCCUCUUCGAUUCUUUGAAUGUGCUGAUGUGGUACUGAUAGAUAAUGAAGUUAACUUUCCACCAAUUAUUACAACUACCUCCGUAUACCCACGGUGUGGAGCACGUAAUCAGCGCCACGUGGCUGCCCUACAUUGCUGCAGUGAAUCUAGCGGCUUUGAGGACAUUCACGGUCUUGUGGAGUUUGUGAUGGUAAAACUCGGUAUUUCCCGAGAGGGAAGUGCGGCUUCCGGUGAUGACCCUGAUGAGGUUGAUAGUGACACAUAUUCAUUGGAUCGGGGCAACGAUGGGGCCUUCUUCCCUGGUCGUUGUAUGGAUAUCUUUCUUCACCGCAAGGGAAAUAAGAUAAAGAUUGGUAGUUUUGGCGUAGUACACCCUAACACACUUAAGUUCUACGAUAUUCCCUUUCCCUGUUCAUACAUGGAGAUGAAUAUUCAAUUUGCAGAGUAA